CUGGGCUUGACAGUUCGCUGUUGCGGUAACGACACACACUCAGCAAUCGGGAGAUAAAGGGGCCGGUUAGCUAGACUUUUAGUCAUAUCUCCUGUUUAUUCGCUGUAGGCUUCAGUUGUAGAACGAGUUAACUGACUGUCUCACAAGACAAGAUAUCCAUAAAACAGAGCCACGUAUUUUUGUGUUAUUCCUGACUUGGCUAACCAGCUGGCUAAUGUUAGCUGUUUCCUGGUUGGAGUUGCAGCCAUUUUGGAUUUUUACAGAGAAACAAUUAGCCGGCCGUGGUUUUGGGACCAGUGUAAGCUAGCCACCGUUCCCGUUUUCACAACUUAACAGCGCUGCUUAUCUACGGAAGGGAAAAGGAGACGUUUCACGAGAGGGGACACACUGUAGAACGAGUCAAAAAUGAAUCCCGAAUAUGACUAUUUAUUCAAGCUGCUCCUGAUUGGUGACUCUGGUGUUGGAAAGUCUUGCCUUCUGCUUCGAUUUGCAGAUGACACAUACACAGAAAGUUACAUUAGCACUAUUGGUGUGGACUUCAAAAUACGAACCAUAGAACUAGAUGGAAAGACCAUUAAACUUCAGAUUUGGGACACGGCGGGUCAAGAGAGGUUUCGAACAAUCACGUCCAGCUACUACAGGGGUGCUCAUGGUAUCAUUGUAGUGUAUGAUGUCACAGAUCAGGAGUCCUUCAACAACGUCAAACAGUGGCUACAGGAGAUUGAUCGCUAUGCUAGUGAAAAUGUCAACAAGCUACUGGUUGGGAACAAGUGUGACCUGACGACAAAGAAGGUGGUGGAUUACACAACAGCAAAGGAGUUUGCAGACUCUCUUGGCAUCCCCUUUUUGGAAACCAGUGCCAAGAACGCCACCAAUGUGGAGCAGGCUUUCAUGACCAUGGCUGCUGAAAUCAAGAAGAGGAUGGGCCCUGGGGCCACAGCUGGAGGAGGAGAGAAGCCCAAUGUGAAGCUGACCCCUGGCACUACUGUCAAGCCUUCAUCAGGAGGGUGCUGCUGAGAGAGAAACCACUUCCACUUUGACACCCCACCCUCUUAACUCUGCAGGCCUGUCAGUCUGGCCGUCAUCCCCUCGAAACUCCACUGUGUCCCUGCAAAGCCCCACCACAACCAGACAGGACAGGGAAGACAUGCUUCACAACAUGUCUAUGUGAGAACAAGAUGAAGUUGCCUGUAUUUGUACUGUACAUAAUAUAGCCGCACUACCAAAAGCAAAUAAAGCAUCCUUCUUGUCAUACUGUCCUAUUAUUGAUGACAAAUUGUAAGGAUAGGUUGUCAUUCAACCUGGCCCUGACUCCCCAUCAUCCCUUAUCUCAGACCUUUCAGAGACUCCCUCUGAAUGCAGGUUCAUGAGGAGUGUGUGUGUGUGUAUGUGUGAGUGAAUGAGAGAGAGAGUGAUAGAAUGUGUCUUUCUGUUUCUCUGCAUCCCUACAGUGGGGUUGGUAAAAGAAUCAGUUUCACUAAGGUUUCUGUUUAUAUGGACCUUUUCAGUUUCUCUUUUCCUUUAGUGAUUAUUUUGCUGUUUGUAUCAGCAUUUGUAUGUCUGUCCCCAUUUGAAGGUGUUUUUUAUUUCCCUUGCCAGUCUCUGCACAGCAGUGUCUAACAGUCCAGCAUCUAAAAUCUAGUGCAACAGUAUGUACAUAAACAUUAUGUAUAUAUUAUGUUAAAUCUGAUUUGCCAGUUCUGUAGUGUUCAAUAUGUUCUUAGGAUAUUGUCUUGACUCUUUAUCUCUGCAUUAAAUUUGUGGCUGAAGACGACUUCAAGUUUGUUGCUCAACAUGUAACACUUCAACUGAAAAUAAAUAUUGUACUACCAGACUGUAUGAAAUGGGAGGAUCUGUCUACGAUUUUUGGUGAGAUGUGUAGAAAACCUGUUGGAAUUAUUUAUUCUUCAUUCAUUUGGCAUAUCUACUGCCAGUUACAUAGGGUCUGUUUGCAAAUUGCUGUGUAAUCUCAGUACAGAAUUACAUAUAUAAAACACAAUGUUCUCUUCUUUUCAUAAUAAAGGCAACUGAAUUCAGUUUGAAA